AGGCGCGCAUGCGCUGCUGUUAAACCGGAAGUAACCAAGAAUUUCACUUCCUUAAGACCCAUGUGCCGCUGCAGGACCGUGAGACCGGAAGUAAACAAGAAUUUCACUUCCCAGAUCCAUGUGCCGCUGCAGGACCGUGAGAGACGCUUCAACAACAAACUGAGCUGUGACAUCACUCUUCACCUCCACCCUCUUCAUCACCUCUUCACCUCCAGUCAUGAAUCCUCCUGCAGAAUGCCCCCAGAAGAAGAAGAGGAGGUCAGAGAGUCUGGAGGAAACAACUCCUGAUGACAUCGACACACCUGUGAGAGGAGAGAAGAAGAAGAAGAAAAAGAAGAAACAAGAGGAGGAGGUCAGUCUUUCUCCUUCUCCUCCGGCUGAUGGACAGACAAACAACCAGAGCGAGGAGGAGGAGGAGAAGAAGAAGAAGAAGAAGAAGAAGAAGAAGAAGAGGAGAAAGGAGAUGGAGGAGGAGCGAGGAAAAGUGCAGGAGGUGCAGCCCAUUGUAGAAAGCAGCGAGACAGAAAAGAAGAAGAAGAAACACAGGAAAGCACUAAGUGAGGCCAGCGCUGUCACGGUAACAAACUAUAGCAACAGAGAAACAGACUCCGUGGUUUCCAUGGAAACAAAAAACACCAGUCACAGGAGUUUGGUGAAGGUGAUGUCACAGGAAACAGAUAUGGGAGAAGAGAACAAGAAAAGAGGGAAGAAGAGGAUGAUGACAGGAAGAGGAAGAGGAGGAGUGAAGAAGAAAAGGAGGAGAGAGAGAGCAUCUGAAGAAGGACUGGAGUUUCCCUGGGCGUUGGUGGAGGAGCUGCAGGAGUUUGUUCCAGAUGUCAAAGAAAAAUCAGUUGAUCAGAUUAAUAAACUGCUGCGAUAUGAUCUGCAGCGCUUCAAGGACUUUAAACAACAAGGCGUGUCACUGUCUCGGGGGCGGUGCUCUAAGGAGGAGAACGGGCGAAUCAGAGAGAACGUCUCAGACUUCCUGGCUCUGACGGGGAUCAGCUCAGCCAAUCAGCUUCUGUUUCCUCAGAGGUAUAAAGAUCAACAAGUGCAGAUCAAGAGGCUGAGAGUCCAACAUCACUUCCUGGAGAAGAUCGCUGACGGGAUCCCGCGGACGUGUCAUCAAGUUCACACCAGAGCCAAGAAGCUUUUUGAUGACAGGAACCACAUGGGAAGGUUCUCAGAGGGGGAGUUGAGUUCUCUGAUCAAGUUACAGAACCUUCAUGGUAACGACUGGAAGAAGAUUGCUGAGAAGAUGGACCGCAGCGUGUACGCCUUACAGAAACGCUUCACUGCCAUCGCUACAGGUCGGGGGUCGUGGAGUCCGGAUGAAGAGUCCAGGUUGAAGUCGGCCCUGAAGGCUCACCUGGAAGUCCUGGUCCAGCACAGUCCGGAGGGUUCUGGUCUGAGCAGAGACCAGCUGUGUAACAACCUUCCCUGGAAGGAGAUCAGUCAGCAGGUCGGAACCAGAUCCUGGAUCCAGUGUCGUCUCAAGUGGUUCUCCAUCCUGAAGUUUAAACUGUCUCCAGGCGGCUCUACCUUCAACAGAGGAGCUGGAGGAUUUCAGGCCAAAAUCCACCUCAUCAACACAUUGUACAACAUGCAUGUGGAUGACGUCGCUGACAUCGAAUGGGACAAGGUCGCUAAGAGUGUCGGUAAAGUGACCCCUGUCUGCGUUCAGAAGAGUUUUCAUCGCCUGAAAGUCUCCAGAGUUCCCAACUGGACCAGUUUAUCAUAUGGAGAGAUCAUCGACUUCCUGUGGCACAGGGAACUUCCUGUUCUGAAGGAGAAACUGACCCGGCUGAGCAGAGAGGAGCAGCAGGAGGAGCAGGAUCAGGAGGAGAACAGCUACCUGCUGUCUGACAUCGUCUCCUCUCAGGACCAGGACGAUCACUUUCAGGAGGUGGACAACAGUCAGGUGAAGAAGAAGUAAAGUCAGACAACGUCAGACCCCGCCCACCAGACGACAGGGCCCACCCACCAGGCGGGACUGAGACAUGACGGAUAUAUCGACCACAGGAAGUGAACUGGAAGCUUUUAUUGUGAAGGUGGUGACACGGUGUGACACGUUGAUCAGAUGUUUGAUGUUUUAACUUUGUAAUGAAUGAAUUUCUCUCA